AUGGGAUUUUGUAAAUUUUCCAUGUACAAUUUCCUAUGUUUGGUUAUUGUUUUGUAUGGUGUCCUUGGUGCACAAAAUUCUCAGCUUAUGAAUGACAAAGCAGCAUUGCUUUCUUUCAUGUCAGGGAUUGUUUCAGACCCUGGACAUGUCCUUCAGAAUUGGAACUCUUCGGAUGUUCAUGUUUGCAACUGGGCAGGAGUGAGGUGCAACAAUGAAAGCGACAGUGUCAUAGAGCUUAUUCUCAAUGCAACAUGGCUUAGUGGCACUAUUUCUCCAUCGCUAGCCAAUCUUUCUUCCUUGACUAUUCUUGAUUUAUCAAGGAAUUUCUUUAAAGGUCCUAUUCCUAAAGAGUUGGGCUCUCUCUCUCGGCUCAGACAACUCAGCUUGUCAUGGAACUUUCUUGAGGGGAAAAUUCCAUACCACUUGGGAUUUCUUCAAAAUAUGGUAUAUCUUGAUUUGGGAAGUAACAAGCUUCAAGGUGAAAUCCCGGAAUCUCUUUUCUGUAAUGGGACUUUAUCCUUGAAGUAUAUUGACCUUUCUAACAAUUCUUUAAGUGGAGAAAUCCCCUUAAAGAAUGAAUGUGGGCUUAAAGAGUUGCGGUUUCUUUUGCUUUGGUCGAAUAGGCUUGUGGGACAUGUACCACGAGCCCUUUCAAAUUCCACACAACUUCAAUGGCUGGACUUGGAGUCUAAUAUGUUAACUGGGGAGCUACCAUCAGAGAUUGUACUUGAAAUGCCAAGGUUACAAAUACUCUAUUUGUCCUAUAAUAGUUUUGUUAGCCAUGAUGGUAACAACAACCUUGAACCUUUCUUUGCUUCCUUAGGAAAUUGUUCUGCCCUUCUAGAACUCGAAUUGGCGGGAAAUAACCUUCGUGGGAAAAUACCUCCCAUUAUUGGUGAUCUUUCUACCAAUCUUGUGCAACUUCAUCUCGAUGACAAUCUUAUCUAUGGCUUUAUUCCUCCUCACAUUUCAAACCUUGUGAAUCUUACCCUCUUAAACUUGUCUAGUAACUUAUUAAAUGGUUCAAUCCCACCUGAACUAUGUCGAAUGGGAAAGCUAGAGAGAGUUUACUUGUCAAAUAAUUCACUCUCUGGUGAGAUUCCGCCAACUCUUGGCAACAUUCCCCAUCUAGGUCUUCUAGAUUUAUCGAGAAACAAGCUAUCGGGUUCAAUUCCGGAUAGCUUUGCAAACCUUCCCCAAUUAAGAAGACUAAUGCUUUAUCAAAACCAGCUCUCAGGAACAAUACCACCAAGUUUAGGCCAAUGUGUCAAUUUAGAAAUUCUAGACCUCUCUCACAAUAAGAUUUUUGGGGUGAUUCCUAGUGAAGUUGCAGGAUUGAGAAGUUUGAAGUUAUACUUGAACUUGUCUAGCAAUCACUUAUCUGGGCCUUUGCCAUUAGAGCUUAGUAAAAUGGACAUGGUGCUAGCUAUAGAUUUAUCCAAUAACAAUCUCUCUAGCACAAUCCCAACACAACUCAAAAGUUGCAUUGCACUAGAAAGUCUCAACCUUUCGCGUAAUUUCUUAGAAGGCCCCCUUCCAUUUUCAGUAGGGCAAUUGCCUUAUCUAAAAACACUUGAUGUGUCUUUGAACCAAUUGAUCGAUGCAAUACCACAAUCUUUGCAGGUGUCCUCUACUCUCAAGCAUGUGAACUUCUCUUUCAACAAAUUCUCUGGGAAUGUAUCUAAUGAGGGAGCAUUUUCAUUGCUCACCAUAGACUCUUUCCUUGGAAAUGAUGGCCUUUGUGGCUCAAUUGAAGGCAUGCCAAAGUGCUCAAAUAGACAUUCUCAGCUUAUGCUUAUUUUGUCAAUUCUCCUCUCAUUACUUGCCAUUCCCAUUGUAUGCAUACUUGGGUACCGUCUUGUACAAAGGUCAAGAAUCCAAUCACAAUUGGAAAUUUUCAAUGGAGGGGACUUGCAGGAGGAAGAACAAGAAAGGAAAGAGCUCAAGCACCCUAGAAUCUCAUAUGGUCAACUCAUUGAAGCCACCGGUGGGUUCAGUGCUUCAAGCCUAAUUGGUUCAGGCCAGUUUGGUCACGUCUAUAAGGGAGUUCUUCAUGAUAAUACAAGAAUUGCUGUAAAGGUUCUGGAUACAAAGUCAGCUAUAGAAACUCCAUGGAGCUUUAAGAGAGAAUGCCAAGUCCUAAAGAGGACAAGGCACAGGAAUUUAAUAAGGAUCAUCACAAUUUGCAGUAGGCCAGAUUUUAAGGCUCUUGUUCUUCCACUGAUGUCAAACGGAAGCUUGGAGAGGCAUCUCUACCCAAGCCAUGGAUUGAAACGUGGUCUAGAUUUGAUACAGCUAGUGAACAUAUGCAGUGAUGUUGCUGAAGGAGUGGCCUAUUUGCACCAUCAUUCUCCAGUUAAAGUUGUACACUGUGAUCUAAAACCGAGCAAUAUUCUUCUUGAUGAUGACUUGACAGCUUUGGUAACUGAUUUUGGAAUUGCAAGGCUGGUUAAAGGGGGUGAUGAGAGUGCUAAUGUGAAGGAAACAAUAUCCUUCAACUCAACAGAUGGCUUAUUGUGCGGGUCUGUUGGCUACAUAGCUCCUGAAUAUGGAUUGGGCAGAAGUGCUUCAACUAAGGGAGAUGUGUAUAGUUUUGGGGUCCUUUUAUUGGAAAUCGUUACAGGAAGACGCCCUACAGAAGUUCUUAUUGAUGAAGGCUCAAGCUUGCAUGAAUGGGUUAAGAGUCACUUCCCCCAUAAGCUGGAUCCCAUAGUUGAACAUGCUCUUGAUAGGUGCACCCCAUCAGUCAUGCCAAAGGAAUACACCAAAAUAUGGAGAGAUGUGAUUCUAGAAAUGAUUGAGCUUGGCCUUAUGUGCACACAGUUCACACCUUCAACUAGACCAACCAUGCAGGAUGUAGCCCAUGAAAUGGGACGGUUGAAGGAUUAUCUCUCUAAUACUUCCUCAUCACUGCCAAUUGAAGAAGUGCCUCCUAAAACUGAUGAUGUUUGAUUAUGAAAAUGGUUACAAGAAAAUUGAAACUCAACUGAAAUUUCAGAUUUAUUUUGAUUUGUUGAGUACUAAUUACAUUUGUUUGAUUAGUUUUUAAUUUGUAAAGACAAUUCUAAUGGAUACUUAGUUUACCAUUGGUUCCUCAGCCACAGAUGUUAUAUAUUGUUUUACUUUU